GUAAACUUGAGUGAGUCUGCAUGAAGCAUUCCCAGUGUGUUUGGCUUGUGUGCUUUUGUUGUAUUCUGAGAUCAUGGAAUUGGGUGACCCAGCAGCAAAUGAGGCAGGAGGCCAGCAUAUGAAAGAUGAGUUGUCUGAUAAGUGUCAAAAACUCUUUUUGGAGUUCUUGGAAGAAUACAAAGGAAAAGAUGGAAACAAUUUGUACGUGUCUGCAGCUGAAGAGUUGAUUAGACCAGAAAGAAAUACUUUAGUGAUAAAUUUUACUGACAUUGAGUAUUACAAUCAACAGCUUUCAACCACAAUACAAGAAGAAUAUUACAGAGUAUAUCCCCACCUUUGUCGCGCUCUCCGUAAUUUUGUCCGACAACUAGGCAAUACUCCAGCAAAUAAGGAGUUCUAUGUUGCGUUUUCAGACUUCCCUUCACGACAAAAGGUACGUGAACUCAGUUCUUUGAAAAUCGGAACAUUACUACGUAUUACUGGGCAAGUGGUGAGGACUCAUCCUGUACACCCUGAACUUGUCAGUGGAACAUUCCUUUGCAUGGACUGCCAAUCUGUAGUCAAAGAUGUGGAGCAGCAGUUCAAGUACACACAGCCAACUAUCUGCAAAAAUCCAGUCUGUGCAAACAGGCAAAGGUUUACGCUGGAUACCAAUAAGUCUCGUUUUGUUGACUUCCAGAAGGUAAGAAUUCAGGAAACUCAGUCAGAAUUGCCUCGUGGUGCAAUUCCACGCAAUGUGGAAGUUAUUCUUCGUGCAGAAGCUGUUGAAACUGCUAUGGCAGGGGAUCGAUGUGAUUUCACUGGAACAUUAAUUGUUGUACCUGAUAUAGCUGCUCUGUCAGUUGGAGAUGCGCGAAUGGAAUCUGGAGCAAAAGUAAGAGGUGGUGAAGGAUUUAAUAAUGAAGGUAUUCAAGGUCUAAAAGCAUUGGGUGUCAGAGAUCUGUCCUAUAGAUUGGCAUUUUUAGCAUGUUAUGUGGGUGCUACUAAUCCAAGGUUUGGUGGACGAGACUUGCGGGAGGAAGAUCAAACUGCGGAAAGCCUAAAAAAUCAAAUGACUGUCCAGGAGUGGGAAAAAGUGUUUGAAAUGAGCCAAGAUAAAAAUUUGUACCACAAUCUAUGCACAAGUCUCUUUCCCACAAUACAUGGUAAUGAUGAAAUUAAAAGAGGAGUCCUUUUAAUGCUGUUUGGAGGUGUUCCAAAAACUACAAUGGAAGGCAUUGCUCUGAGGGGAGACAUCAAUGUAUGCAUUGUUGGGGACCCAAGUACAUCAAAAAGCCAGUUUCUCAAACACGUGGAAGAGUUUAGUCCUAGAGCAGUGUACACUAGUGGAAAGGCUAGUAGUGCUGCAGGAUUAACUGCUGCUGUUGUAAAGGAUGAAGAAUCGCACGAGUUUGUGAUUGAAGCUGGAGCUCUAAUGCUUGCAGAUAAUGGAGUUUGUUGUAUUGACGAGUUUGACAAAAUGGAUUUGAAAGAUCAGGUGGCCAUUCAUGAGGCAAUGGAACAGCAAACUAUAUCAAUUACCAAAGCUGGCGUGAAGGCCACUUUGAAUGCUCGAACAUCCAUUUUGGCAGCUGCAAAUCCUAUUGGUGGAAGAUAUGAGCGCUCAAAAUCUUUAAAGCAUAAUGUUAAUCUUUCAGCUCCUAUAAUGUCCAGAUUUGAUCUUUUUUUCAUUCUAAUAGAUGAAUGCAAUGAGGUGACAGACUAUGCAAUAGCACGGAGGAUAGUUGAUUUACAUGCACGCAAUGAGGAGUCUAUAGAAAGAGUUUAUUCAAUUGAAGAUAUUCAGAGGUAUUUGCUGUUUGCCCGUCAAUUUCAGCCUAAAAUUACAAAGGAAGCCGAAGAAUUUAUUGUUGAGCAGUAUCGGCGACUUAGACAGAGGGAUGGAAGUGGAGUAGCAAAAUCUGCAUGGAGAAUUACAGUCCGACAGCUUGAAAGCAUGAUACGAUUAUCUGAGAGCAUGGCCCGUAUACACUGCACUGAUGAAGUUCAACCAAAACAUGUAAAAGAAGCAUUCAGACUUAUAAGCAAAUCAAUUAUUCGUGUGGAUACACCAGAUGUCAGCUUUGAUAAUGCUGAAGAUGAAAAGGCCAUGGAAGCUGAAAAUGAAAACCUAGAUGUCAAUAGCAAGGACGCUAUGGAGACAGACCAAAAUGAAGAAUCGAAAGAAAAACCUGCUUCAAAUGCAUUAAAAAUGUCUUUUUCGGACUAUAAACAGAUUUCCAAUUUACUUGUCUUCUACUUGCAGAAGAUGGAAGAAUCUGAAGACUGUCAGCUAACGAAGAGUGACAUGGUGAACUGGUAUCUUAAAGAAAUUGAAAGUGACAUUGAGAGUGAAUCUGAACUGAUCUUUAGAAAAAAUAUGAUCGAAAAAAUAAUUCACAGAUUAAUUCAUUAUGAUCAUAUUCUCAUAGAACUGAGCAAGACUGAUUUGAAGUCCAUAGAUGGCGACAAAGAAGAAGCUCCAGAAGAGGAUCGUAUAUUAGUAGUUAAUCCAAACUAUGUUUUAGAAGAUUAAAAAGGGUUACUUGGUCUAACUAUAUCAUUAUGUACUUGAUUUCUAUUCUACUUAAUUUGUAUUAGAUAUGUGGAGAAGUUAAGUACAAGACAUGUUUGUAUUUUUA